AUGCCUGAAACCACCCAACAGAUCUAUUCCCGUGGGAUCUACCACGCUCUACCCACCUUCCCACCCGAUGUGAAGGACCUGACCGCCAUCAUCACCGGCGCAAACGGCAUCUCCGGCGCGUACAUGCUGCGCGUGCUCGCCCAGUCGCCCACGCGCUGGAAGAGAAUUAUCUGCCUGUCCCGCCGCCCACCGCUCGUGCAAGGGGGCCUGCCCAACAACGCCGAACACAUCGCCGUCGACUUCCUCACCUCGCCGGAGGAUAUCGCGCAGGUGCUCAAGCAGAACAACGUCACCACGGUAGACUACGUCUUCUUCUACAGCUACGUGCAGACGGCCCCGAAGCCAGGCGAGGGCCUCUGGAGCGACGCCGCAGAGAUGGCUCGCGUGAACACGCUGCUGCUCACGAAUUUUUUAUCGGCCUUCCCGCUGGCCACCCUUAGCCCCAAGAGGAUCAUGCUCCAGACGGGCGCGAAGAACUACGGCGUGCACCUCGGCCCGACAAAGUUGCCGCAAGAGGAAUCCGACCCGCGCGUCGACCAGUUCGAGCCGAACUUCUACUAUCCCCAGGAGGACGCGCUGUUCAGGUACUGCGACUCCCAGACCGCGGGGUGGAACAUCUGCAUGCCGGGCCCGAUCCUCGGCGCCGUGCCGGAUGCGGCAAUGAACCUCGCGUUCCCGCUGGCCGUGUACGCCGCCAUCACCGCACAUAUGAAAGGGCAGCUGGAAUUCCCGGGCGACAUCGCCUCGUGGCAGAGCUACACCUCCAUGUCGAGCAGCAUGUUGAACGCCUACCAGGAGGAGUGGGCCGUGUUGACGCCCGCGGCGGAGAACCAGAAGUUCAACACAUGGGAUGAUUCCGCCUUCACGUGGGAAGGGUUCUGGCCAAGGCUCGCGGGUUGGUACGGCGUGGCAUGGAAGGGUCCGGACGAGGGCGCGAAAUACGUGGAGCGAGUAACGCGGUUCAAUCCGCGAGGCUACGGCGGCAAGGGCGUGAGUCGGCGGAGGUUCACGUUUGUCGAGUGGGCGGGGCGCAAGGACGUGGCGGAUGCGUGGAGGGAGAUGGCGCAGAGGGACGGGCUGGUGCAGAAGGACUUGAAGGACAUGGAUGUCGAACGCGUGUUUUCAUUCCUGGAUGGCACGGUGUGCAGGGCCGCGCCGCUUAUCUUUUCAAGUGAUAAAGCACGGAAACUGGGAUGGCAUGGUUUCGUCGACACCUCAGAGUCACUGCUAGAAGUCUUCGACGAUUUGGCCAAGUUGAGGAUGAUUCCUCCGGUGCCCAAGGUGGAGGUGAAAUUUAAUUAG